CGCUGAUGAGAAACCCUAGAGAACACUUUGCCCUGAACUUCGAGGAGCGGCUGCUCAGAUUCUCUCUCUCAGUUGAAACGAUGUCUUCGGUUGGUGAAGCCGCUUGCUCUUACGCUGCUUUGAUUCUCCAUGACGAUGGCAUCCCCAUUACUGCUGACAAGAUUGCAACUUUAGUUGAAGCUGCAAAUGUUCCGGUUGAAUCAUACUGGCCGAGUUUGUUCGCCAAGCUUUUCGAGAAGUGUGAUAUCGAGAAUCUUAUAACGAAUAUCGGUGCCGGUGGCGGCGGCGCUCCGGUUGCCGCUGCUGCACCUGUUGCCGCAGCUGCUGCUGCUGCUGCUACUGCUCCAGCUCCUGCUGAGGAAAAGAAGAAGGAAGAGCCAGAGGAGGAGAGCGAUGAUGAUUUGGGAUUCGGUUUGUUCGAUUAGAAAGAACCUCUCAGUUCCUGUUUUGGUUACAUUACUCGUUUAAUGCAUUAAGCUUUGACAGUAGUAGUUGUUUUGAGUUUUACUGUUAUUUGUAUUAGUUUUUGUCUAUUUGAAUCCUUUUUACGCGUACAAGUUUCGGACCAAGUUUUACCGUUGGUUAUGAGUGCUGAAUCUCUGUCUUUUCCAUUGCCA